AUGGUAGACGAUCAAUUAUUGCAUCACUUAGCAUGGGGUCCUAAGAGAAAGGUGGAGACAUGGCCUAUUUACUUUGUCAAUGGCUUUAAGUUUCAUACAAAAGAGUGGAGUGUCAACAAGAAAACCAUCAAUUCUGGAGUUUGUGUUGAAGGAGAUGAUGAAGAGCAUGAACAUUAUUAUUAUGGUACUCUUAAAGAGAUUAUGCAACUACAAUACCCAGGUGAACCAAUCAAAAAGAUAGUUUUAUUUAACUGUGAAUGGUUUGAUGUUGUCAUCAAUCGUGGUAUGAAGGUUAACAAAGAAUAUGACAUUGUGGAGGUGCAUCGUUCUAGAAGGUAUUCAAAAUAUGACCCUUUCAUAUUUUCAACAAAUGCAAUUCAAGUGUACUACAUGCCUUACCCAGAAAAAAUAAAAGAAAAGGUUGAUUGGUGGGUUGUUGUUAAAACCAAACCAAGGGGUACAGUUGAUGAUCGAUAUGCAUUAGAGGUUGCAUAUCAAGAUACAAUAGCUCACGUUGAUCCGGUCUCAAAUGAGGAGCUAGAUGGUCACUUGAGAGAUGAUGAUGGUGUAUAUGAGGAAGUGGAAAUCAAUGAUACUAAUGAUGGAGAAAACAACGAGAUGUCAGAUCGUGGUCGAGGAAAAUCCAAAACUCUUAGAGGACGUCCAAGACCGUUAUCACACACUCACAAUGAUAUGUCAUCACAUGUGGCACAUCAUGCCACUCCACCUUUAGCACAAGAGGAUUCAACCAAUGUCCCACCAACUCAAUCACCGCCAAAUGUUGUUGCUGCCACUCCAUCACUUAGGACAUCUCAUUCAACCCCUUCACCCCGUAGUUCUGAAACGGGUGAUGAGCCUAUAAUUGGAUCAAGUGAAUCUCAAACUGUAUCAGAUGAUGACAAAACUACUCUCAUCCUUGCGGGUCAAGGGUUCUUACCUUCGCACCGUGCGGCUAAUAUCAUUACUAAUAUAUUCAGAAGUCACUAUACUGAUCCAUGGGCAUCAUGGAAGAAGAUACCCAAGGACACAAGAAAUAUGUUGUUUGGAGAGUUCAUGAGUAAAUGUUCUAUUUGUCCACCCGACUAUAUAUGGGCUAAAAAGAACUUUGAAGCACGAGGUGCAUAUUUGAUGAAAAGUACUUUAAGUAGGGUUCGUACCUCUAAAACAAGACCAGAUUGGCUUGGAGAUCAUGUAUGGAAUGGGUUACGUGAGCAUUGGGAUAGUGUAAGCUUCAACAUCAAAAGUGUCAAAGCAAAAGCAAACCGGGCAUCCGAUUGUGAUGGAUUUGGGCAGUCCCUUCAUAUUGGUGGCUCUAUUACCACUUCUCAGCAUAAAGCAAAUAUGGUGAUGAUAUUUCUCUUGUAGUCUAUUCUUCUCUUA